UUAUGUUUACGUGGGAUCUUCUCAUCCGUCUGUGAGAAUCAGUUAUUCCAAAUCCCACCGUCUGUUAAUUAAGCGCUGACAAUUCCUCAUUUAAUACGUCGACGUAUAGUUGGUCAUCUUCUCCGAUCCCGGAGCACCCCCUUCACCCACCCAUCGCCCUGAGUGACAGCUAAAUCCAACACACUCCUUAGAAUUAGAUUGGUUAAUUAAAAGUCCGAAUUAGCGUGUUCGGAAUCAUGAAUAAAGCGGUGGAAAUAGAAAGACUAGAUUGAGAAUUAAAUGUACUUGGUGGAAGAAAUGAGAAUUGAAAUACUCGCUUAUUGAAUUAUGGCGAUGAAGGGCGAUCAGGUGACUUAGGUCAUAAUAGAAUUGAUCUCGCAGGAAGCAAAGAUAGUCAUCUGAGCUUCCGUUUGUGCGAGAUAACUGUGCGUGUUAAAAGAAAAAAUGUCAAAGGUGGUUUACGAGGGAUGGAUGGUGAGGUAUGGGAGAAGGAAGAUCGGGAGAUCCUUUAUACACAUGAGGUAUUUUGUGCUUGAAUCCAGGCUUCUUGCUUACUACAAGAGGAAACCCCAAGAUAAUCAGGUUCCUAUCAAGACCAUGCUGAUUGAUGGGAAUUGUAGAGUAGAGGAUCGUGGCUUGAAGACUCAUCAUGGGCAUAUGGUUUAUGUUUUAUCUGUUUACAACAAGAAAGAAAAGUAUCAUAGAAUCACGAUGGCAGCAUUUAACAUCCAGGAAGCACUAAUAUGGAAGGAAAAGAUUGAGUUUGUAAUUGAUCAGCAUCAGGAGUCACAAGUUGUAAAUGGUAACAAAUAUAUUUCGUUUGAGUAUAAAUCUGGGAUGGAUAAUGGCAGGACUGCUUCCUCAUCAGACCAUGAAAGUCAGUUCAGUGCACAGGAGGAUGAAGAUGAUGCUAAUCCAAAUUUAUUACGCAGAACUACCAUUGGAAAUGGUCCUCCUGAUUCAGUAUUGGACUGGACACGAGAAGUUGACUCAGAAUUGUCAACUCAGAAUGCUAACAAUCAAGCAUUUUCUAGAAAGCAUUGGCGUCUCCUACAGUGCCAAAAUGGACUCCGCAUUUUUGAAGAGCUUGUUGAAGUUGAUUACCUUCCAAGGAGCUGUAGCAGAGCAAUGAAGGCUGUAGGGGUUGUUGAGGCUACAUGUGAAGAAAUAUUUGAGCUUGUUAUGAGCAUGGAUGGAACACGAUUUGAGUGGGAUUGCAGUUUCCAAUAUGGUAGUUUAGUUGAAGAGGUAGAUGGCCAUACGGCAAUACUCUAUCAUAGACUUCAGCUAGACUGGUUUCCAGCGUUUAUAUGGCCCCGUGACCUUUGCUAUGUGAGGUAUUGGCGGCGAAAUGACGACGGCAGUUAUGUUGUCCUAUUUCGUUCCAGAGAGCAUGAAAACUGUGGUCCACAACCAGGUUGUGUUCGGGCUCAUGUUGAGAGUGGAGGAUUCAACAUAGCCCCUCUAAAACCUCGGAACGGGAGACCUAGAACGCAGGUACAGCAUCUUAUGCAGAUUGAUCUUAAAGGAUGGGGUGUUGGUUAUGUUUCAUCAUUUCAGCAACAUUGUCUUCUUCAGAUGUUAAAUAGUGUUGCUGGACUGCGUGAAUGGUUCUCCCAAACAGAUGAAAGAGGUGCUCCUCCUAGAAUCCCGGUCAUGGUUAAUAUGGCAUCUGCUUCUGCUUCUACAAAGAAGAAUUUUAAGCUGCAAGAAUCUUCUGUUCAUCCUGCUCCUUCUCUUGACCAAAUAAAUGCUGCCAGCAGAAACUCCACUAUCAUGGAUGAAUACUCUGAUGAGGAUGAAGAAUAUCAAAUAGCUGAGGAAGAACAAGAGGCAUAUCAAACCAAGAAAGAGAAUGAGAAUGAUAUGAGGAGAACAGCCUUGGAAGAAGAACCAGUUGAACCAAUUGACUUAUCUUGUUUCUCGGGUAAUUUACGCCGUGACGACCGUGAUAAAGCCCGUGACUGCUGGCGAAUUUCUGAUGGGAACAACUUUCGAGUUCGUAGCAAGCAUUUUUGUUAUGACAAAUCAAAGAUCCCAGCUGGAAAACAUUUAAUGGAUCUUGUCGCUGUUGAUUGGUUCAAAGACACAAAAAGAAUGGACCAUGUUGCCAGACGUCAAGGUUGUGCAGCACAAGUCGCUUCGGAGAAAGGGCUUUUCUCUGUGGUUUUCAAUCUGCAAGUACCUGGCUCAACACAUUACAGUAUGGUAUUUUACUUUGUAACGAAGGAAUUAAUACCUGGGUCCCUCUUGCAACGGUUUGUUGAUGGUGAUGAUGAAUUCCGUAAUAGCAGGUUUAAGCUUAUUCCGUCAGUUCCAAAGGGCUCAUGGAUUGUGCGACAGAGUGUUGGAAGCACUCCUUGCUUACUGGGAAAAGCAGUUGAUUGCAAUUAUAUACGUGGUCCCAAGUACUUGGAAGUUGAUGUUGAUAUUGGCUCUUCAACUGUUGCUAACGGAGUCCUGGGUCUUGUAAUUGGUGUAAUCACUACGUUGGUGGUUGACAUGGCUUUCCUUGUACAGGCAAAUACUACAGAAGAAUUGCCAGAGCGGUUGAUUGGUGCGGUUCGUGUUUCUCACAUAGAGCUGUCAUCAGCUAUAGUUCCAAAAUUGGACCAAGAUCCGUCAUGACUAACAGAAGCUUCUUAUCUCCACUGAUUUUACAUAAUCAUUUGUUUAGUUCUGAAUGUAUUUCAUUCAGAUAUUCAUUGCUUGUAUCAAAUCGUAGAAUGGCAUCCCCAUGGAAUUUUUGCAUAAAAUUUAGUUGAUGGAGAAUUGUGGUUCUUUCUGCAUUGGGAAUCCAAGUGCUGCUUCUAGUAGUAGAAAUAGAAUACUAGGUCUUAUGGUAUACGAGUUAGGGGAACCCAUUUCCCUACUUGAAGGGAAAGACAGGGAGGGAAAUUGGGGUGGUAAGGGGAGGGAAAGAAUAGUAAAAAGCAAAGGAAAGAUAAGUGAGAAGCUUUACACAUUUGGGAAAAAUUUGAUUGAUCAGAAGUAUUAUCAAAGACUGUAUGUAGAUGGAGGAGCAAUGGAUAAAUAUACGGCCAUGGGUUAUACAUAUAAAUAUAUUACAUGAAUAAAUCUGCCAUUUCUAUGAACGCGUGGAGUUUACUUGUAUCCCCACUGAGCUCAUGCAAUUUGCUUCUAGUGAUUCACCAGGUCCCUAGUCUGUUUGUUUUCUUAAAUCUUCUUUUUGUCUUGAGAUGCUUUUGUUUUAGUUAAUUGGUUGUAAUGUUUUUGAAUUGUUGUUCUCUACGCUUAAUGUUGGAGGCUUUUUCAGCUUGCAAGGUGGAAUCAUGUUUGUUCUAUUCUGAACAAAAUACUGCCGUGUAUUAAUGUGAUAAGAUUUGCAGUGUA